AUGGCUUCGUCACGAGGGGGCGUGGCGACACUGCUCGUCGUAGUUCGCCCGUGGCUGCUCAUCUUCCUGUUGCUCGCAGGCACCAGAGCGGCGCUCGUCGACGUCAGCACCGAGGCUUCUGAGAAAUCCAGGACGCAGCUGCCACGCUCCGCUGUCAACACCACAGAGGGACCUCAGCACAGUGAGAAGCCGCUGAUGACGGAGAGCGUAAGCCCGACUUCAAAAAGAAAUGAUGACGAAAAAGGAACAACCGACAAUUUUGAAUCCACCACAACGGAGGAAUGGCCUGUAAUUGAAAUGGUAUCAACAGACAGCAGCUCCACUUCACCACGAAAUGAAGUUGGUAAUGAAUCGGAAUGGCCGAAAGUAGAAGAUGAGUUUCCUACGUCAGAUGUUGCACCGGAAACCAAUAAUACCACUGUGAUUUCAUUAGUUUCUUCCCAAGACAGUGUUUCUACAACGAAAAAACUACCUAUAUUUCAGAAGCUUGCUUUGUACAACGUCCCGAAAGUUGAUAAAUCUGGAAAGAAUACUCCAUUUCGAUCAAGACGACAUCCUCCUGCAACUCGUCAGCCCGAACCAGUUCGUGACCCAUCCAAGUAUAGAUAUACAACAUUCCUGGAUGGAGAUUAUGUUUCCACGUCAGAAACUGACACCUCUUCGAGUUUCUCCCCAACUGCCCCAUUAUACGACACAACUACAUCGCCUCAAGUUGAAACGACCGAAAGCUACCGCCAAGAAAGUGACGACGAACGUUCAGAAAAAAGUGAAGCGAGAUUCGACGUUCCAAGGGACGAGCUUAGUACUGUUUUGACGACGAGUGUGAGUGCGGAAUCGCAAGAAGAACGGACAGACCUUACAUCGGAAUGCUCGAUAGACGAGUGCGGGGUCGAGAGCACCAGUGCAAGUUCGGUGACGACUACCGAUUCACCAGCAACAUCCUGUGGUGACGCUGGAUCCACCUGCGCGUCGGACGGGUCUCCGCGCAACGACACGGAAACCACCACUGCAGUGGCAGGCACAGCGGAAAUGCCCUGGCCGGUGAAAAUGGCAGCCGAGCUGCCCGGCGACCUCAUCCUGGGCGGGCUGAUGAUGGUGCACGAGCGCGAGGAGUCGGUGACGUGCGGCCCGGUGAUGCCGCAGGGCGGCGUGCAGGCGCUCGAGGCCAUGCUCUUCACGCUGGACGUCCUCAACGCGGAGCCGGCGCUCAUCCCCAACGUGACGCUGGGUGCGCACAUCCUCGACGACUGCGACAAGGACACCUACGGGCUGGAGAUGGCCGUAGACUUCAUCAAAGAUAUGACCGUUAGGCAUAGGCACUAUCAUCAGAAGAAAGAAUGUCAGAGAGAAGAGGAAACUUACGCCACAGUAAAUUAUAAGGAAAAUGAUCAACGAGAACUGAACUGUCUCUUCAACAGAAGCUGCCAAAGAAGCUUAAAAGCAAUGCUGGUAGAAAAGGUGGUUCAGUUACCAUGGACGAAGACAGAAUAUAACUUUCCUCCUGAAUAUUCAAUAGCUGCUACUGUACAUUGUAACAUUGCGUUUGACUGA